AUGAGUACCCCGGAAAUUAAAUCUGUGCUACUAAUUGGCGGUGCGGGCUUCUUGGGCCUUCAUUUAAUCCAACAAUUUCAUGAACUUACACCAAGACCAAAUAUUCAUGUUUUUGAUGUGAGGCCUUUACCUGAUCGUAUUUCAAAACAAUUUACCUUUGAUCCUUCGACUAUAGAAUUUCAUCAAGGUGACUUAACAUCUCCAGCAGAUGUAAGGAAGGCAAUUGAGACAAGCCAUGCAGAAAUAGUUGUUCAUUCCGCAUCUCCCAUGCACGGAAACAGUCAGGAAAUAUAUGAAAAGGUUAACGUGAAGGGAACUAAAAAUCUAUUGACUGUAGCCAAACAAUGCAACGUGAAAGCUGUGGUCUACACAUCUUCUGCAGGUGUGAUUUUUAAUGGUCAAGAUAUUCACAAUGCGGACGAGUCCUGGCCAAUUCCUGAAGUUCCAAUGGAUGGCUACAAUGAAACGAAAGCAAUAGCUGAAGAAAUGGUUUUGCAAGCGAAUGACCCAGAGCAUGAUUUUUUGACUAUAGCCCUACGCCCGGCAGGAAUUUUUGGUCCCGGUGACAGGCAGUUAGUACCUGGAUUAAGGCAGGUUGCAAAGCUUGGUCAAUCAAAGUUCCAGAUUGGUGAUAAUAACAACCUCUUUGACUGGACCUAUGCCGGAAAUGUAGCCGACGCACAUGUACUUGCAGCCCAAAAAUUACUUGAUUCUUCAGCUGCUAAAGCUGUCUCUGGACAAACUUUCUUCAUUACGAAUGAUACACCUACUUAUUUCUGGGCCUUGGCUCGUACAGUAUGGAAAGCAGAUGGCCAUAUUGAUAAAAGUGUGAUCGUCUUGAACAGACCAAUGGCAAUUGCAGCAGGAUAUUUAUCUCAAUUCUUUUCAAAACUUCUUGGCAAAGAACCUGGUUUGACCCCAUUUAGAGUGAAAAUUGUCUGUGCUUAUCGUUACCAUAAUAUUUCUAAAGCAAAAAAGCUUCUAGGUUACCAUCCAAAGGUUGAUAUUGAAGAAGGUAUCAAAAGAACAUUAGCGUGGAUGGAUGAAGAUUUAUAA